AUGGCUCUUUUAUUUGCGGAUGCACUAAUCCAGUCAUGUUCUGUUUCGUUGGUUUAUCAAGAAGUCGGUACAGAUGCAGCACCGGUGCAGAACAACUCAAAGAGGAUGAUCAUUGAAGAAGUGACGAAUACUACAGCCAAAAAAACAGAUUUGCAUACCGCGGAAACUGUGGAAGCCAGCGACGAUGACGACGACGAAGCCUCCCCAGUGGCUCUAAUCGAAGAACUAGGUGAGGUGGGAUGUGGAGAAGGUCGACAGCAAAACCACCAUGACUCUGAAGUGGCACCCGAGGCAGCCUCAGCAGAUGUGGAAGCCGUUGGUCACAAGUGGUGUUGUGCCGCCACUGCCUGUGAAAACCCUUGA